AUGGAUGUACUUAAAAUAAAGGCUAAAGAAACCAUUUGUGAUAUUGAGCGGGCAGAAACAAAGCGAAAGAAUCUGUUACGCUACCUUAGACUUGCAAAGGAAAGAGCAGACUUGGCAGAUGAGGAAAGAGAUUCACUGAAGGAGAAGAUAAAAAACAAGAAAGAGGAGUUGGAGAAUCUCAACAAAGAAACAGCUGAAAAAUACAAAGAUCGCAUAGCUAAAGAAGAAGAAGCUGAAGAAAGUGAGAAGGCAAGGAAGGCCCUUGAAGCAAAGGAAUUGGAAGUCGGUGAUGGUUUAGUCAUGCUAGAGAUUAAGUGUAGAGAUACAAAGAAAAGUGCCGAUGAAAAAGAGGAAAAACUUGCUGAAGCCAAAGUCAGGCAUAGCAGUAUGAAGGCAGAACUAAGUGAGCUUUUGGCACGAUUAAACAAAGCUGAGUCCAAGAUCGUCAAGUUGAGUGAAGAGACAGAUUCUGACACCAUUAGAGUCAUAAAUUUAGAAAUCAAACACAGGCGGUAUGCCCAGCGUGAAGAAUAUUUUGAAGACAGAGUUGAGACCCGUGAACAGCAGAUCAGAAAUUUGGAAUUUGAGGCUGGCAGGAAUGAAGCAGAAGCUAAGUUGCUGGUAGUGCAAAGAGACAGACUGAAAUGUAAGUGUCAUCCCAAGUUAACCUCCUUCCUUCCAAUUAGAAUUUCGAACUGAAAAGAUUAAUGUAAUAGAUUUUAGGAUCAUUAGGAUUUUGAUUUUUGCCCUUCAAUUUGAAUAUUUCAAUGAUCAAUUGGUUUUAAUGUUGUAUUCCUUCUCUGAUAUUAUCAGUCUUAAACUGGAGAGCCACCUUUGAGGCCUUCCAAGGGGGGUUCUGAUGUCGCCUUGUCGCUCAUUUUCCAACCCUCCUGUCACCUAUUUGGCUAGAGACAAAUGUCGCUGUCGUUUUUUCGCUACAAUGCAAUUGCCACUGUCACUUUUUUGCUAGAAUACAAAUGUUCGCUAAACGUACUUAAUUUUUGCAUCCUCUAAUUUUGAUUAAUAUUUAAAUAGUUUUAAAUUGUUUGUUUAAUGAUUUAAUAUCUUAAUUUGUACAGGAAAUAGUAACACCAACAGAAGAUUUAGAAUCACGCUGGCCUGGUCAGUCAUGUCCCUGUCAAAAUAACAAAUUAAAAAGUUGUCGCUUUGUCAAAAUUAGAAAUGGAUUGUCGCUGUCGCAAAUUGUCGCUUUUUUCUGUAAGUCUCUGUCGGCUGACGGUGUUCUGGAACAAGAUUGUCACUACAUUUUUUGCAAAUUUAGGGCGAUGUUUCUUGUCGCCAAAACCCCUUGGAAGGCCUCACCUUUGCUACUUGAUCAAUUUAAAAGACAAGAAAGCCCCGCAAACCUCUUUAUUUCCAAUCAAAAUUCUCUCUUUACUUAAUGUGCAAGCACAGUAGCACAGUCUAAGGGCUGGUAAGUCACUUGGGGUUUACUGAUGUCUAAAAAUGUACAAAAACCUCAUUUCAUUACAUCAUACAAAUCUAAAAAUUGGACACUUUGUGCAUGGCCUCAGGUGUUUCAAUUAAAAAGACACUACAUGAUUCUGUCCAUUUCCUUAUACAACUGUAGGUUAGAGCAACAUUGUAUGUCCCCAUUAAUCAUAACUAUAACAAAAUUCUCAAAUCUGAUUGGCUAUCAACUGUCCUGAUUUUAGCACUAAUAGGACAGUGUAAUAGGACAGUACGUGUCAUGUCUAAGUAAUUGGACAGUACAUGUAUACACCAUCAUGCACGCUUAAAUGUUUUCUUUUACUACUAGCUAAAAAACUCUCAACAUUUCUUGUGUUUUGAAUUUUGUAAAAGCCUAAUAUAUAGAUUUAGCCAGGGCUAAAAGCGAAGCUCCCAUUAAUAAAUUUAUUAUUUAAAUGAAACAAUAAACUUGUAAUCCACAAAUCAGUUAACUUAAAGGCAAAUUCAUGCGACUUUUGAGGGAAAGGCUAAGUGAUUUUAGAGUGAAACAUCUUACAUCAAGUUGAUAGCCAUAUAAAACACCAAAAAAAAUAGCAAUCAUCUUCGAUCACAUUCAAGAGCCAUAAUGGCUCUUGAUCACAGUAGAUUAGACCUGGAAAACAAAUUCUUGGAAAACAAAUCAGGCCAAAGUUUUUGCUUUCGACAAGUUUACUUUACAAAAUCUUGCCAACAAAUCCGGGGGUGUGUAAACCAACCUUUUACACUUGUUAUACAUCACAUCUGAGGUGAAACAGUACUGUUUAUAAUACAGACCUCGGAUAGAAUGUAGUAUUUCACAAUUUUUCAAGACAAAUUGCACUCAGUCAACAUUCAGGACGAUCACAAUUAUUGUGAGCUUUUAGCGGAACCGUUCAAAAAAUUUCCAAAAUCACCCAUACAGCCAGCCAGUUCUCACUUUUAAUGAGCGCCAAAUUUGCAGUGAACAUUAAUAGAGUUAUGCCUCAACAUAAUAAAAAAUUUAUUAUGUUUAGUUUUUUAAGGGUUUUAUAACAAUGUGUAAUCUUAAAAAACGUUUGAUACGCGCGCAAUUUUGAGGUAAAUCCUGCAAGCGAUGUUCAUGAACGACUGAAAACGAACAGCACAGCAAUUAAAAUCGCAAGAGAGACUACUAACAAUCACGAAAAGAAAUAUAAUUCGGUGAAACAUUUACAGAGACAACAAUUUUCAUUCACGAAGACAAGUAUUAAAGCGUUUCUAAAACUCCUGAGUCUUAAAGCUUAAAGCUUAAUAAGUUUAUGUUUUAAGCCGGCCUCCCGGUGUUUGCUUUUCUCAAAGCUGAACUCGAGGCAAGAAAAUCGCUCAAAGUUUUCUUUCUACAGGCAAAUUUAUAACUAAAUAUUCUUCGGAACGUUUUCUUUGUAUUUGGGGUGAGAAAAUAUACCUAAAGGCUUUUUAAAGUUCUGCAAGUUUAUAUCAAACCUGAUACUAGGUCAGAUCAUUAUCUCAAAUCUUACAAACGUGCAUAAACUUGCUGUAUAAACUGUGCUCGACUACAUGAAAUUAUAUAUAUAAAAAAACAAACAUCAAAUACAAUCAUUACUCAAGCUUACCAUUCGAGAUGCAGCUCCUGAAAGCUACCAAGUAACGCGAGAAUCGCUUGAGGAUUUUGAAUCCUCUUUAGGCAUCAAGCAAGGCGAAAAACGAAAACGAUGCCAUCCAAAAUCAGAUUUCUGACUUUGACAAGCGACGGAUCUCUCAACCAAAAAAAACAAUAAACAAACUAUCUAUGAAUAACAGAAGACUCUUGAUAGCAGCUGUAUUUCAUUUUGUACAUCCAGUGGAAAGAGACAGUUAAAAACAUCACAAGUUGACACAAAACUCUGUCAGCUUCAGCUGUCAAAGUAAACAAGUUUCAACAUGCUGCAUAAAUUUUCCGCAUAAACUCAUCUGUCAAAUUUUGACCAAUCAGAGCAUAAAAAUUGGGCGUAGAGCAUGACCAACGCGUGCCCUGGGUAAGAAAAGGUCUUCCCCGCCUGUAUUUUGAAAUAACUGGCUGAAUUUUCGCGUCCAUGGUUAGUUUGGAAUCAAAAUCUUAAUAGUGUGGGGCCAUCGUGACAUAAACACCACAUAUUUCAUAUAAAUUUUAAAAAAAUAAACUUGAGCAUGCGAUAAUUUGAAAACUAGUAACUUGUCAGCUGGUAACUUCAAAAAAGUACUCGAUCUCGAUGGGUCGACACCUGAGCCCGCGAUACGGUCAGGUGAUACUGGUCAGCGGAUACCUUGUUUUGACAGCUGUCAAUUGAUCGCAACAUUGAUGAGCAAUCAGUUUUCUCCUGGGUUCCCAAAGUAGUUAGAAAGUGUGAACAUUGUAAACAUUGGUUGUCCUGUGGUGCGGACAGACGGUCGGCGGUCGGUCGGUGUACGGUCACGUGAUUACCAAAUUUUCUGGGAUGGGUAGAUUUACUAAGCUAUGGGCUCCACCCACACGUGUGGAGGUCCGCUAAAAUAUCUAAAAAAAAAUUGUUAUAGUUAUUAUUAAUUGUUUGCAGAACUGCGUGUUGUCCAUUUCGUAGUGAUAAAUUGUUGUUAUUUACUGUUAUGGCAAUUAUUGGCAUCAGCAUGUUUAUAUGAAGAAUUGUGCGGACAUGAGAGGGUCUCAACACCUUCCUCAACUUACAUUAUUUUUCACAUCAUUCUCUGCCUCAUCCAAUAAAAGUUGUUAUUAUUCAUUCAAAAUAUUUCACCAUUUUUGACUGGCUCAAAUCCCCUGGCUAAUUCUUCCUAACCAACUGGCAUUGACCAAAUUUGGAAGGUGCAAGCAAUUGAUUCAGUGAUAUAUCAACUUGAGAAUGACGUUAAGUGAUGGUAUGUUUUUUUGGAAACGGGACUCCUUCAGAUCGUUUCUAUAUCAUUUUAUCCUCAAUAACUCGAACCAUGUCUUUGGAGCACAUGACAAGUAAAAAAAAGGGUGCUGCAGUCCAAAACAUUGCAUUUAUUAAAACCGUGUAUUCUUAAUCAAGCUUUAUUCCUUAAUUCCUUUUUUUAAAAUAUCAAUACACAUUGUAUUCUCUUGCUGCCCUUGAAAUGAAGUGUGCAUGAUAUUCCUUCCCCUAGACUCCUCUAGAAGGUUGAAGCUUUCAGGAGUCAAGUGCAGUAGCAAAUUUUAAUUUGUUGUUGUUGUUGUUGUUGUUGUUACCUUUCAACUAGUAAUCCCUUUCUAACCAAGUGUUUUUAAAUCUUCUUUCUCUUUAAAGCCCAACUGAACUCCUGGAAAAAGCAAGUAGCACACCUUACAAGUGAACUGGAAGAUUAUAAAGCCGACCUAAGGCAUUAACUGACUCGUUAAUACCUGUAGCACAUUUGUAACAGUUACAUCUAACAUGCUGCCACAACUAGAAAUGAAGUUCUAGCUGUUAUAAUAUAUAACCAGACUGACUAUAUAAGAAGGCAAGAAUAUGUAACAUAGCCUUUUACAAGGAUUUUGUUUAUAAGCCCACCAGGAUACACGGUCCAUAUUGGUAUGGAUGCUUAAUUUUAAACUACAUGUAAUGGGAUUGUGUGAAAUGUUGAAUGCUGAAACUCGUGUAACAUGAGAAAAUCUAAGCCUGUGCGUUAUAUUUUCUAUUUUGGGACUCAUAAUACGGGAGAAAUAAAAUCUAGAACAAUUUCAACCAAAAAUCUUGUAUGAGCACCCUAACCGAAUUCACAGGAAUUUUGGCCUCACAGAAGAUUCCUAUAAGCCAGGAAUAAGUUUUUUCCAUUAUCCUCGAUUUCUUUGUAGCAAUAAAACUACACGUAUGUGAAUUUUAAUUCUUUACCCUUAGUACAAGCUAAUGAUGAAAGAUUUCUGUAAUUUAGUGAAGCGGUGGAAACACAGAGUAAAGCAUGGAAACUAAACGUUGGAUUGCUUUCCUUCAGUUCUCUUAAAUUGCUUCAGUACAGCUGUGGUAAAAUAAUGUUCUCAUUUUAAUUCCUGUGUAAUUUGUGAUGUUACUAAAUUCAAAUGAGAAAGAAAAAAAGAAAGAAGAAGUUGUAGUCAAUAGGACCAGUGUGAUUUGUGAAAUGACUUAUCUGUACUCUAUACCCCAAAAUCUUGAUUUAAGGACGUCUUGAAAGACCUUGAAA